UACCACAUUAGUGUCCAGGCCCAGGAUGAUUUCUUUGUAGAUUUAUCUCACUUUAUCCGUUCUCAGAUUUCAUCUGUUCAAAGGGAUGCGAUUAUUACAUGAACCCAUCAAUCUUGAUUUCCCUCUAAUCCCGUGCGUCUGUCUCAAAAAUUAAAACUUUUGAAAUAUCAGUUCUGGGUUGAAUUCAUGAGCUCAAUAGCGCAUAAUGCAAGCUCUGGUUGUUAGAAUCGAUUCUUGGAAGGUAUACCAGUCUGAAUCUGGGCAGGUUUGUCCUUCAAAUUCAUUUUCAAGAAGAGGGUUUCUUGAAAAAUCGGAUCUUUCUGCCACUAGUGUCUUGUUUAGAUCAAGGACUGUGGGAAGUGCCCUUAGUUUGAAUUUGUUCAGACCUCAAAUUUCUCUGCCUGGAUUCAGGUUUCAAAUCUCUUGCAGUCAAAGAAAAGAUUCAACCUGUACCAUUUCCGAACAAGAUUCACCUUCAUGGAACCGAGUUCCUGAGUUGACUCAGUACGAGGAAGCUGGCAAAUGUAUGAGAAGAGUGAGGGUUGAUGUGAAUGAACUUGCACAGAGAUUACAGACUGCCAAGAAUGCAGAUGAGUUUGAAGAGAUUCUCAAGGAGAAAGAUGAACUCCCGGUUCGAGUGUACUCGGAUUUGAUUAAGGUUCUUGGUAAGAACAAUGGGCUUGAUUCUGCAAUCUCUCUUGUUGAUUGGCUAAGAAGAAGAAAAACAAGACAAGAAGACGUUUCUUCUUCUUCUCGUGUUCUUCCAUAUAUUUUUAUCUAUAACAAUCUUUUGGGAGCAGCAAAAGAGGCCGAAAAGUACAAUGUGGUUGAGAAAGUGAUAUCAGACAUGUCCUUAGCUGGAAUUGAUCCCAAUGUUGUCACAUAUAACAUUCUCAUGAGUUCGUAUAUACAAAAAGGUCGAGAACUCGAAGCUCUCGAUCUUUUAAAAGAGAUGGGAGACAAGGGUUUAUCUCCGAGCCCCAUUUCUUAUUCCACAGCGCUAUUCGCUCACAGGAGACUGGAAGAUGCGUUUGGAGCCGUGAAAUUGUUCUUAGAAAUUCGAGACAAGUGUUAUGAAGAAUCUGAGUUUCCCAAGCUUGAGAAUUUCACGACCCGGAUAUGCUACCAGGUGAUGAGAGAAUGGAUGACAAGGAGAGAAAAUUUAAGCACAAAAGUGUUGAAACUGCUGAUAGAAAUGGACAAGGCAGGGAUUGAACUUGGCUGCGCGGAAUAUGAACGCCUCAUUUGGACAUGUAGGCACGAAGAACAUUAUACUGUUUGCAAAGAACUGUAUGUGAGGAUAAGAGAAAGAAACUUGGGAACCAUUAGCCUAUCGGUUUGCAACCAUGUGAUUUGGGUAAUGGGGAAAGCCAAGAAAUGGUGGGUAGCUCUUGAAAUAUACGAAGAUUUGUCGGAUAAAGGCCCAAAACCAAACAAGAUGUCUCAUGAGCUUUUAGUUUCACAUUUCAGGAUUCUUCUUGGUGCAGCUAGGAGAAGAGGGAUAUGGAAAUGGGCCAUUAGGUUACUUGAUAAGAUGGAAGAGAAAGGGCUAAAACCGGGAUGUAAAGAAUGGAACGACGUCCUCAUUUCGUGUUCAAAGGCUUCAGAAAUUUCGGCAGCCAUAACAAUAUUCAAGAGAAUGGUUAGAAAAGGGCAAAAACCUAAUGUUGUGUCCUACGGGGCGUUGUUAAGUGCCCUAGAAAAGGGGAGGCUCUUUGAUGAGGCAGUUCAAGUAUGGAAACAUAUGGUUAAGGUAGGGGUUAAGCCGAAUCUGCACGCGUAUACAAUUAUGGCUUCGAUUCACUGUUCCCGAGGUGAAUUCGACGCGGUAAAUCAUAUCAUCCACGAAAUGACGAGGUGUGGGGUUAGUCCUACAGCUGUGACUUUCAAUGCUGUCAUCAGCGCUUGUGCGCGAAACGGCAUGGGGACUGCAGGGUACCAAUGGUUUCAGGAAAUGAAAGCUAAGAAUAUAAGCCCGAACGGGGUGACCUACGAAAUGGUGAUUGUGGGGCUUGCGAAUGAUGGUAAGCCGAGGAUGGCCCACGAGCUGUACCUUAGGGCUCGAAACGAGGGCAUGGUUCUUUCGGCAAAGGCUUAUGAUGCAGUCGUCGGUUCUUCGCGGGUACAUGGAGUUACCGUUGAUCAUUUGACUCUCGGGGUUCGGCCACCCGAGAAACAACAGAGAAAGAUUUGAUGAUGGUUGUGAAGUUUACCUUGCACAAAUUCACUAGGGAAUGUGUUUCAAUUCUCAUUAGGAAACUAGGAAGGCUCCUUUGAAUCACACAAUAAGAAUGUGGUCCUUAAAUUUUGGAUCCUUUUGAGUCACACUAUAUGCAUUUGGUCUACUUUUAGCCCUUGAUAUUAGAGUGAAUCUACACCUAUAUGAAAAAAUAAGUUCUUGUUUGCAUUAUGUACCAUAUUUUUUAAAAAAAAAUAAAAUUGUGUGAUUGAAAUAUAUAAAAAGUUAGGUCAUUG